UUCAAUUCAAAUGUAUUCAGUUCAAUUUCAAAUCUACCGGUCCAGAGCACCGACAAUGUUUUAUGCGGGAUAGCCUACGCUACCCUGGUUUUAAGAUGAGUCUUCUCCCCCGAUGAAUGUCUGGCGUUGCUGGCGUUAAUUAGGCUGCUCCAUUCGCGGAUACUGCAUUCAUUCAUCCUGUAUCAAAGACAAUGCUCGGAUGAUAUCAUUUAUGGGCUUAUGCGUUUUGACGUUGAGAUCCUCCACGGAAUUUUAGUUCCUUCCCAUCGCCUCGCAUUGCGCGUCUUUUGUGAAGAAUGUUCAUUCUGACUAGAAUGAACUCAGGGCAGUGAUUGUGCCAGCAAGGGCCAGUGGACGGCAUCUCUCCUGCUGUCCACACAAGGGCAAAAGGCUCCAAAGACGACGUCCUGACAUGGCAAGGAACAAAGACAACAGUCCAAUUGGUGAGCCAGCUGUCUGUCAACCUGACGUGAGCUGCCUGGAGUAAGGGUUUUUUUGGGGGGUUUUUUUUCGGAUUACUGGGCUUUCAAUAACAAGUUAGGGCAGGACCAUGUCCAAGCCAAAGGACUGCGUGUGGCUACCAGCUGCUUUGUAUGGGCUGCAUCUGAAGGUAUUGCUUUGGAUCUUCAUUCUGAUUUUGGAAUUUACAGUGGUCAACUGUCAGCCAAUCCAAUACACUACAGUCACAACAAACUAUGGGAAACUGCGUGGUUUCAGGGCCGCCCUGCCCAGUGAGAUUCUGGGCCCAGUGGACCAGUACCUGGGUGUGCCUUAUGCGAUGCCCCCUACAGGAGAGAGGAGGUUCCAGGCACCUGAGCCACCUAUCUCCUGGCCUGGCAUUAGGAACGCCACCCAGUUUGCACCCGUGUGUCCGCAGUACUUGGAGGACAGGUUUCUGCUCAGUGACAUGCUUCCUGCUUGGUUCACAGCCAACUUGGAUACAGUGGCCACCUAUGUACAGGACCAGAAUGAGGACUGCCUCUACCUGAACGUCUACGUGCCCACGGAAGAAGCGGACGUCCAUGAUGGAGAAGGACUCAAGCCAGUCAUGGUGUACAUUCAUGGCGGCUCUUACGUAGAAGGCACGGGCAACCUGAUUGACGGCAGCAUUCUCACCAGCUAUGGAAAUGUCAUUGUGGUCACUGUCAACUAUCGCCUGGGAGUUUUAGGGUUUCUAAGCACAGGAGACCAAGCUGCUAAGGGGAACUAUGGGCUGCUGGACCAGAUCCAGGCUCUCAGAUGGGUAAAGGAGAACAUUCAGGCUUUCAGUGGAGACCCUCGGAGGGUGACUAUAUUUGGCUCUGGAGCCGGAGCUUCGUGUGUCAGUCUGCUCACCCUGUCACACUACUCAGAAGAUCUUUUCCAGAAAGCCAUCAUUCAGAGUGGGACAGCCCUGUCCAGCUGGGCGGUCAACUACCAGCCAGCCAAGUACACACAUAUGCUGGCUGAAAAGGUGGGCUGCAACGAGGACGACUCAGCUGAGCUGGUCCAGUGCCUCCAGAAUAAGAAUUACAAGGAGCUCAUCGAGCAGAGCAUCACACCUGCCAAGUAUCACAUUGCCUUUGGGCCUGUGAUUGAUGGCGAUGUCAUCCCUGACGACCCCCAGAUACUGAUGGAGCAAGGGGAAUUUCUCAACUAUGACAUCAUGCUGGGGGUUAACCAGGGUGAAGGGUACAAGUUUGUGGAUGGCAUCGUGGACAGUGAGGAUGGAGUUGCCGGUAGCGACUUUGAGUUCGCCGUGUCAGAUUUUGUCGAUAACUUGUACGGCUACCCGGAAGGGAAGGACACACUGAGGGAAACUAUAAAGUUCAUGUACACUGACUGGGCUGAUAAGGAAAAUCCAGAAACGCGGCGUAAAACUCUGGUCGCACUUUUCACGGACCACCAGUGGGUGGCGCCUGCUGUGGCCACGGCAGAUUUACAUGCUCAGUAUGGCUCACCCACCUACUUCUAUGCAUUUUACCACCACUGCCAGAGUGAAAUGAAGCCUGCCUGGGCGGAUUCUGCCCACGGAGAUGAACUACCAUAUGUGUUUGGCAUCCCAAUGAUUGGUCCUACUGAUCUCUUUAGUUGUAACUUCUCUAAGAACGAUGUCAUGUUGAGUGCAGUGGUUAUGACCUACUGGACUAACUUCGCCAAAACUGGAGACCCAAAUCAGCCAGUUCCCCAGGACACAAAAUUCAUCCACACAAAACCAAAUCGCUUUGAAGAGGUUGCCUGGUCCAAGUACAAUCCUAAAGACCAGCUUUACCUGCACAUCGGCCUAAAGCCACGUGUGCGUGACCACUACAGAGCCACUAAGGUGGCCUUCUGGUUGGAGCUGGUGCCACAUCUACACAACAUCAACGAACUCUUCCAGUAUGUAUCCUCGACCACUAAGAUCCCACCUCAGGACACGACUCCUUUCUCAUACACCAAGCGCUUGUCCAACAAACACUGGCCGUCCACCACUCGCCACCCACCUGUUCCUCCAGCCAACACCAAACAGGUGCCAGACCAGCAGAAGACAGUAGGCCUGGAGGAUGGCACUGUCAUCAUCGAGGCCAGAGACUACUCCACCGAGCUGAGUGUGACCAUUGCCGUGGGUGCCUCAUUGCUCUUCCUGAACAUCCUGGCAUUCGCUGCCCUCUAUUACAAGAAAGACAAGCACCGGCUAGAGUCGAGCCGCCGGCCAAGUCCUCCGAGAAACCUUGCAACAGCGGUGGCGCGGGUGCCAAGCGAGGAGCUGAUGUCUCUGCAGAUGAAGCAGCUGGAUCGCGAGCGCGAUUAUGAAUGUGAGUCCCUGCAGGGUCACGACAUGCUGCGGCUCACCUGCCCUCCAGACUACGCCCUCACACUGCGACGAUCCCCAGACGACAUCCCGCUCAUGACACCCAACACCAUCACCAUGAUUCCCAACUCUCUGACGGGGAUGCAGCCAUCCUAUCACCCCUUUAGCACAUAUGCCAACAGCACCCCCAGCAGUACGGCCCUCCCUCAUGGACACUCCACCACCCGAGUAUAAUUCAGCAAUGAGGACUGGGCUCUACAAGUGACAAAUUAUUUAAGUCAAAGAGAGCGCACCCAGGUAUUUGAAUACAAAUGCUCUAGGUGUUAUUUUGUUACUGACUCUAUGAAUAACGCGAUGUCAUGAUAGUUUAACCUGUAUAAUGUGAACAGUGAAUGUAAUGAUUUUCAAAUUUAUGGUGCAGCAAGCGGAUCUCGACAAAACUAAACAUUGUUUAAAUAAAGAAAUCUUCUUCAGUCUAUAGUAUACUAUAUUGUGUAAGAAGACCCACAGUUUGCAUCCUGAUCUCUUUGGUUAGAUUGCAGGUGAUGUGGUGACGAGGCGUAUAUAAUGCAUUUAAAGCUAAAAGAAACUUCAGUACAAUUCAGUAAUGCCUUCAGUUCUUGAAUUGACUGCUUCUUACUAAAACUCUAAUGACAAAACAUUAGAUCAAUAGCAGCAUCGGCCAUGAUUGCUAAGGCUAUGGCGAUUGAGAUGAUUGUCUCAUCUUUUAAUGAAAAAAUGUACAUACAGAAUAACAUUUCUUGUUUGUUCUUUAUAAUAAUAGUGAAUGAUCACUGCUUGUUGUUUCUCAUGUCUAAACAUCUAAACUCUUUCAUGUUGGCGCAUUCUGUGAUUUGCACAUUAAACUCAAGAUCAGAUACAAGACCCUAAAAUCAUAGUUAUGUUCCAGAGCCAUGACCUCACACAGCUUAAAUCCUGGCAAAGAGAUCAGAGUGCAGUGUAAAUAUCUGUGCCAUAUAUUGAGCACUUGUACUGUAAAUCUUAAGAGCUUAGCUCCUAAGGGUAAUUGCCUUCAACUGGCAGUAAUCCCAUUUCUCAGUCCAAAUAGUGUUAUUUUAGAGCCUAAAGUGAUGUAUAUAGCAUAGGAGAAACGCAAAAAAAUACAGCUGUUAGUGAUGUUCUGCUUGGGUUUUUUUUUUUUUCUUUCCCCAAUUUACUUCAUGUGCACACUUCAGGCUGUAUACUGACAUGGCUGUUCUCUCCCAUUCUAUACAUACAGCUGGUGUUUUCAAUUUUAUUUCACACCUUAUGUGCAAACGGUAUGUGUCAAUGGACCUCAAAAUAGUUUUCAUCUUUAAAAAAAAUUGAAAAUGAGAAAUCAUUUGUAAGAAUGUCAAACUUCACCAGUCCUCAGGAAGUGUCAGCAGAAAAUUUAUUUACCAAUAUAAAUUCUAGUGAAAACAAGAUAGCAGCAGCGUUUCCUAGUCCAGCAGCGUUUCCUAGUCCAGCAGCGUUUCCUAGUUCAGCAGUGUUUUCUAUUCCAGCUAAUUUUUAUUGCCAUCCCUAUUUGUAAUUCAUGAUAUUGUCAUAGAUUCUAUUUAGGCUUGGUCAUAAUUAUAGUUCCAACUUAUAGUACUGUAUAUGCUUGUAUAAAAUUCCAACAGUCAUCCCUGAACAAAUUCAUUUACAGAGAAGUUAACACGUGAUGGUUGUUCAUCAUUCAUGUUUAACUGGGCAAAGCAUCACAGAGAUGUUUUCAAAAUCAAAGAUUUUUUUCUUUGCAGGUAGUGUGUUGUUGUCACACAACACAACCCUUUAAAUCCUGUGUAUCUACUCUGAAAUCCUUGAAUGCAACCAGUGAAAGCUCAGUUUCAGAAAAGGAUCACCAUACCUGUUAGUGGAUCUGAAGUGAUACAGUCCAUUUUAAGAAGAUUUUUGAUGUGUGAUGAUUUGGGAAAAUGUAAGAACUGAUUUUUUUUUGUCUUUCUGAAAAUGUAUUUGUAUAUAUUUAUUCAGAUUUUCUUUUAGGCUUAGAUCUGCUCUCCAUACAACCACUCUUAUUUUUUAUUUAUUUACAAAACAACGAAAAAAGAAAUAUUACUUUUUCUGCAAUGAGGUAUCAAAAAACUCUGGCACAGAGUGUAACAGCGGCUUAUUAUGAUUAGAUGUGAACUCCAUGUUGAAGUCAUUUGUUAGGAGUACCAGUUAAGAAAUUAUUUGUAAGCUGGUGUCUGAAGUUUUCAAUCAACCACAGGGCCAGCAGGGUAAACUCAUUAUUUUCAAAGGUUUGCUUUUGGCUCAACAUGUAUCAGACUUUUCUGCUGUUGUUUCUAAAAUAAAGGAUCAUAGAUUUUAGUUA